GAACUAGGGUUUUAGAUUCCGCACCCUUUAUAAUCUCUCAAAGUCUGCGGGCAGAGCUUACCGUUUCGUACAUUUCUUUGAUUUUGAGGCAGCAUCAGUUUGAUUUGAACAUCUUACAUCCAUCCACAACAAAGAUGGCAGCAGUUGAAGAGGCCGUUGUUCCAGUUGAGGUCCCAGUUCCAGCUGCUCUUGGUGAACCCAUGGACAUCAUGACAGCAUUGCAACAUGUGCUAAGAAAAUCACUUGCUCAUGGAGGUCUUGUGCGUGGACUUCAUGAGGCUGCAAAGGUGAUUGAGAAGCAUGCUGCUCAGCUUUGUGUAUUGGCUGAGGACUGUAACCAGCCAGACUAUCAAAAGUUGGUCAAAGCACUUUGUGCUGACCAUAAUGUCAGCUUGAUCACUGUUCCUAGUGCAAAGACUCUUGGUGAAUGGGCUGGUUUGUGCAAGAUUGACUCAGAAGGCAAAGCUAGAAAGGUUGUGGGUUGCUCUUGCCUUGUUGUGAAGGAUUACGGAGAGGAAAGUGAAGGGCUUCACAUUGUUCAAGAGUACAUGAAAUCUCACUAAUUAUUUGGCAGUUGAUGAAAAUACUCUUGUUGUUUUUUCGGUUUUUGAGUUUUGGUAUGAGGAGAACCUUAGGGAUAUGAUUAGAUUGUUGGAGUAAAAACUCUUGUUGAAGUUCAUUAGAUAUUAAUUAUUGAGUUUUUUUUUUGUUGUG